AUGACACAUUCAUGUGUUAUCUUAAAAACAACAAAUGGAAGUUCCACUUUCAAUCUACGUCGACAGCUCGUUGUUCGGUACCAAAUCGAUACUGGAAUCAAUUCACCAUUUGAUCGACGAAAAACUGCCCCUAACAAUCGUUCUGUCAUCAAUAGAGAACGUCGCCAAGAAAUAGACGGUCUACUUUUGAAUUGUGUUAUUUAUGGUGGACUACCAUACAAUCAUUUUUCUCAUCCAUGGUAUGGCGCAUUAUUUGAAAAAUUAGAAUCUGGUUACCGAGCUCCAGAUAGACGUACUAUGCAAAAAAAGAAUUCAAAAUCAAUAUCGUAUCCUUUUAAAUCAUAUCAGAAGAACAUAGGACUUGAUACCGAUGACGACGACUUCAUUGAUAUUGAUGAUGACGUAGAUGAUGAAAUCAUCGAUGCUGAACAAGCAUCUCGUAAUGCUGAAUUAGGUGAUAAUGGACAACCAAAUGAAAACAACGACGUGAAUGUUUCAUCGAAUGAUGAUAUUUCAUCACCAGUUUUGCCCACAAAUGUACUGGACGAAGACGAGUUCAUGAGUAAUGAUAACGAUUCUAAUGACUCAUCUGUUGAUUUACCUGCAUCCAUUGACAAUGAAAAAAAUCAACUACUUGACGUUCUUCGUAAAACACAUGGUUUACUCCUUCUAACACGUAAAAUGGUAAAAAUUAUGCGAAAUGUUAGUUCAAUCGAUCAAUAUGUUCGUAAUCAUGAGCGUGGUCCUUGUAAUGGGUUCGUUAUUGAUAUCCGGACUCGUUGGAGUAGCACGUUUCACAUGUUGAAACGUUUGAUUUAUCACCAGGAAAUUAUGAAAAGUGUUUUUAUUCACAAAUUUUCAAGCAUGAAUGGGGAACAACGAUCGUCUUUGGCUAAAGUUUAUAUUGAUCAUGAAAAUUGGGACCUUAUGCAAGCCCUUCAGGAUGUACUCGAACCGCUUGAGUUUGCAACUCGUUCUUUAUCUGGAAAACAUUAUGCCACAUUAGCGCUUGCCUAUACAACCAUCAACAUCCUUAGGUUUGGUCUUAAGCCCAAAGAAGGAGAUUCAAGAUAUUUAGCUUUAUUGAAAAAGAGUUUUCUUUUUCAACUUGAGCUAUAUUUUGAUAUCAAAAUGACAAAAACACAAAAGGACUUGAUGCUGGUGGCAAGUUAUCUCGAUCCAGAAUCUCAUAAAAAUUUAAGUCGAGAAGAUAAACAAGCAGCAAAAGCAAUCCUGCCGAACUUCAUGAAGAAGGAGGCUCAAUCAAUUGCUGGCUCUUCAACUUAUGCAAGUUCAACUGCAACAAAAAGCAACCAAACAUUAACCGACAAACUGAAAACGGUGGUUGGUAUGUCAACAAAUGUUAAACCGUCUAGAUCAUUAUCAGCUGAAGAUGAACUGAUCUUAUUUACUCAAGUAAUUCAAUCGUUCAAAGGUGACUUCUCUUCAUUUUGGAUUCAAUAUCGCGAACGUUUUUCUCGCCUCUACAAAGUCGCUCAACGAGUAAAUAUUAUUCCUGCCACAUCUGUACCUAGUGAAUCAAUUUUUUCAAUUGCUGGCUAUGUGGCACGUAAGCAAAGAACCUCCCUUUCAUCAACAUCUUUGCGUCAUCUAAUGGUCUUGAAAGAGAGCCACCGAAUAGAUGCUUUGCGACAAAUUUCUUGUGGUGAUAUGUGCUGA